UCCCAUCAUUUCCACAACAACAUACUUCUAGGAAUGUCAACAAAGCCCUUUUUCGUUAGCUCUCCAGGGAAAGUCAUUCUAUUUGGAGAACAUUCUGCUGUGUAUUCCAAGCCUGCUAUUGCCGCUGCAUUAGAUUUGAGAGCAUAUCUUCUUGUCAAACCAAGUGAAGAUCCGAAUAUCAUAAGGCUUGACUUCCCAGAUAUUGGGUUAUCACACUCGUGGAACAAGAAUGAUAUUCCAUGGACAAAAAUAAAGGAAUACGUUCAAGCUAAAGAGGGAAAGCCCCAAAUUUCUGAAGAACUUAUUCCUGAAAUAAUUGAUCUUUUGAGUGACAAUUUAAGUGAUUUAUCUUCUAGUUUGCAUUAUGUUACCUGUCACUGUUUCUUAUAUUUAUAUUCAAUCCUUUGUACUGCAGAUGUUCCUGGGAUGCUCUAUAGUGUCAGAUCAACUUUACCUAUUGGUGCUGGUUUAGGUUCGUCUGCUGCAAUUGCCGUGUGUUUAGCAUCAGCGAUGUCUAUACUCGGCGGGCAUGUAGCUAAAGCAUCGGUUGAUUAUGAUGCUAAAUCUACUUCCAAAAACCAUGAAGAUGAGGAGUUCAUAGAUAAAUGGUCACUAAUGGGGGAGAAAUGUUUCCAUGGUAACCCUUCAGGUAUCGACAACGCUGUUGCAACUCAUGGUGGUGCAGUUAUGUUUCAAAGAAUGAAAAACCCUGCUGCUCCAUCAGUCCGUACAAAUAUGAGAAACUUCCCUCCUAUCAGCUUACUUCUUACUAAUACUAAAAUACCCCGUAGUACGGCUGCUUUGGUAGCCGGUGUUUCAGCACUUAAUACAAAGUACAGCAAGACUAGUGCAUCUAUUUUGGAUGCUAUGGAACAUUUGGCAAAUGAGGCAUAUCAGGUGAUGGUGAAACCUUUCUUUGGCCCUGAAGAAACAAGAACACUAAGGGAAUUAACUGAAAUCAAUCACGGUCUCUUAGUUGCCUUGGGUGUCUCUCAUCCAUCGCUCGAAAAAAUUAAGAUAAUAGGUGACAGUCAUAGAAUUGGUGCUACAAAACUUACCGGGGCAGGUGGGGGAGGAUGUGCCAUCACCUUAUUGAAUGAGGAUGUGUCCAAAGCAGAACUUGACAAUUCUCUUGAAGAAUUUGAAGCUAACGGUUUCGAAACUUACAGAACUUCUUUAGGAGGUAAAGGGGUUGGGGCAUUGUAUUAUGAAAAUGUUCAAGAAGACAAGAGAGAAGAAGUUUUCUCUGAGAUUGCUUUUACUAAGUUCAAGGAUAGAGAAGAAAUAAUACAAGCCUUGGGUGUUCAAAAUGUUAGUGGGUGGAAGUUUUGGUAAUCCAAUUUUGUAAACUUACUUGAAU